AUGCCCUUCUGGGCUGUUGGCGUCUGCCUGUUGGCUCUUGUUGCUUACUUGAUACCAGAUUGGGAAUGUCUUCAUCUUUUAUGCGGAGGUUUCACUAUGCCUUUUCUGCUCGGCUGUUUUGUACCCGAGAGUAUGAGAUGGUUAGCAACCAAAGAUAAAAUUCCAGAAGCUCUGGAAAUCUUGGCCAGGAUUGCUAAAAUAAAUGGAACAGUUAGUCUUUUAAGUAUAGAUUUAUAA